GUGUACAUGACUACAUAUUGUAGUUAACAGUGAAAGCUUAUUUGUCACGAUGUUAAUGGAUACAGCCUUGUCAAAUUCAAUGGCGAUUUGCCUUAAAAUAAACGGCUUCUUCUGCAGCGCUUCCCGGAUGCUCAUCUGCAAGUAUAUGUUGUGUGAUGCAGAUAUCGACUGUCUUAACAGUGAUGAGGAGUCUCUUCCUGCCUGCAACAUGGACGUGUGCCAUCAAAAGGCCAGGUUCUUCUGCGAUUGCCGGGAGUGCAUUAGCAAGCCUCUAAUCUGUGACGCAUAUAUGGACUGUCAUUAUGUUGAAGAUGAGAUUCCUUCUGCAGGCAACCAAAAUGUAUGCUGUCAAAAUGACGAGUUCUCCUUUUUUGCCCUCCGGAUGCGCAUUCGCAAGUCUCUGGAAUGUAACAGUCAAAUGAACUGUCCUUCCGGUGAAGAUAAAGCUCCUCCUGCCUGCAGAACGUCAUCGAUGUUGACUCUUCUUUAUUUAUUGAUUAUUAUUAUUCAGUGCACUGUAACCGUAUUUUACUAUUUCAAGCAUUCCUUAUGUUAUGAAUAGUACUUUAGUUAUCAUAUAUAUUAUACAGAUACAAGUAAGAAUGAUCUUGGCUAAACCAAGUGUUACUGAGCUCGGAUAAAUGACAUGUGGUUUAAGCUAAUUCUGGUGCCCCCGCGGUCUAUAUACGAACCGCAAAGGGGUAAGCCGUCUCUGUAUCUAAAACUACAGAAUGGCUGUAUUGACAUUUUGAUUCUGCAUAAGUACAACAAUGUUUCAUUUUCAUAAACAAUAUGCAUGCAUGUUAAUCUAUAAUAAGUAAGUUGAAUAACAUUUAUUUUAAGUAUUUACCGAAUUUAGAAAUUCCUUAAAUUGUCAAGGAACUGUCAUGUCCGCUAUCUUUUUUUACCUUGCAAGGGCGUCAUCAUACAUCGUUUCAUUUUCAGAACAUUCAUGAUAUUUAUAACUUUCAAUAUAAUCUUAUACUGGCCCUACACUAUCAUUUGUUAAUAGCAAAUCGUUAUUUAACGGAUGCGUUACACCAUUGACUACUAUGAA